UUAUGUUCAGUCUGGUUUCACCUGCUCACGCUAUCACUUGUUCACAGUGCGUAGCCUACGUGGACACUGGACACACGUUAGUCGAUACUCGAUAAAUAGCUUAAUAUUUCAGAUCCAAAUAUCAAAUUGUGGCUUUCCACAUCUGAACCGAAGAACACUUACAAUAGCCUAUCAGUUAGACUACUCUCUGCAUAAGGAAGAACGUUAAUUUCGGAAAGAUGGGUUCAUCUUCGUACCUCCUGCGUGUCUUCAUCACUGCCGUAAUGUUUCUGCAAGCCCACAGUAGUAUACCAACAAUUGUUGGCUUGUAUGGAGAGACUAUUGAAGUUCCCUGCAUCAAUGGAGGAGCCCAACCCGAUGGCCUUAUGUUCACUAAGUGGAAAUAUAUGAAAGAUGAUAACACGGCGGGAGACCUCCUGGUAAAGCAAGCACACAAGGAGGAGGCCACCAUCCAGGCCUCAGAUGGCUAUAGAGACAGGGUGAGCAUCGCCCCCAACUCCAGCCUGCUCAUUGCCAAGGGAACGCUGGAGGACCAGAGGCUCUUCACCUGCAUGCAAGUAUGGGGAGGCAACGUGAAGGAGUACCCAGUGCAAGUUUCUGUCCACAAGAGGCCUUCGCCACCCCAGAUCAAAGAUAAAGCCAAAGAACUGGAAAAUGGAAAGCUUACCACCCUUGGCACAUGCAUUGCCAGUGAUGCCAACCCUGUUGCCAUCUUAACAUGGACCAAAGAUGGCCAGCCACUGGUCCCUGAUGACAAAACAAUUAAGAUCACUGGACAGGUCACAAAGGACCCAAGCACUGGCCUGUCCAAAGCCUCCUCUCUUCUGCAGUACACGGCGGGUAAAGAGGACGUGGGCUCCCAGUUCACCUGCGUGGCCACCCACCCGUUAGUGGACCAGGAGUCGGCUCCAGAGACUUUCACCGUCCACUAUCCCACAGAGAAGGUGAACCUGCAGGUAAUCAAUAAGGGUGCCAUUAAAGAAGGAGAUGAUGUCACCCUAAAGUGCCAAGCAGAUGGCAAUCCUCCCCCCACUAGUUUUAACUUCUACCUGAAGGACCAGAAAGUGCCUGUGAUGGACAACGACACGUACACCCUGCGCGGUGUCACACGAGAGAGCAGUGGGGAGUACAAGUGCUCUCUGCUUGAUGACAAGAAGAAACAGGACACGCAGGAAAUCAUUGUACACUACCUGGAUCUCAGCGUCAGCCCCUCGGGGAGGGUCCUGAAAAACUUUGGGGACACCUUGGUGGUGAUGGUGGAUCAGAAUGCCUCUGUUGACGCCCAGAUUUCAUGGACCAAGGACAAUGAGAAGCUCGAGAAGGAGCCGGUUUUCGGAGAGCUGACCUAUGCAGACGCUGGGCUGUAUGUGCUGGAGGUGUCUGUGGCCGGAAUUAAGAAAAGUCAUUCCUUUGAGCUGGAUGUCCAGGGCAAGCCGUCGAUCAAGUUUCUGACUGAGAAGCUCAGCUCAGAUGGAAACUCCAAAGUCCUGAUCUGUGUGGCCGAAGGCUCACCUGAGCCCAAUGUCCAGUGGAGUGUCAAUGGCACCAAUGAAAAAACAUCUUACAGCAGUGGAAAGGUUACUCACGAGAUCACAGUGGUGCCUAGCAAGAAUCUCACUGUUCACUGUACUGUGUCAAAUAGCCUGGGAGAGGACUCCAGGGAUAUCUUCCUGCAGUCCGUAAUUGUGGAGAAAAAAGAGCCAGAAGGAGACACGUCCACUGGUAAUGACCAGGCUAAGCUCAUUGUGGGCAUUGUGGUUGGGCUUAUUCUGGCUGCUGCUAUUGUGGGCCUCAUCUAUUGGCUGUACAUGAAGAACUCCAGGCAAGGGAGCUGGAAAACCAGAGAGAAGGAGAUGGGCACCUCUGAGGAGGAGAAGAAGCUGGAGGAGAACAACCAUAAGCCUGAUGUGUAGAGUCCUCAGAUGCACAUGGGAAGGGAAGGAGCAGUAGCAAGGCCUUGUCACACUGAACAUGUUGUAAUUUCAUCUGAAUGAUGUCGUCUGAAAGCCAUCCGAUCUGACCCCUCAUCAGACCUCUCAUACGCAGCACGAAUUGCAAAAUACUCGCCCUCGUCCAAAAGAAUGAAAACCUACAAUAAUCUCCCACAGACACGUCUGACUGAAAUCAUUUGUGUUUAUGUAUGUCACCUGCACUGAGGACUGCUCUUUACAUUUCCCCUGUGCUCCUGCGGAAUGAUAGUUCAUCAGCAACUCACUGCUGGUUGGGUGGGCUCUGCAAUUGCUUCUCUUGAUAGAAAAUGUUAAAAUCUUGGUACAUAUUUUCAGGCCUUUGUAAAUAGCUGCAGCUCGUGAGCAUAUGCCAUCAUGCUUGAGAUUCGGAAUGUUGCAUCAUCUGGGACAACCUUUUUGGUCACUGUAGGGGUUAUUAUGGGGAUGGAUUGGUCCCGAGGGCCUGAAGUCUUCACUGCUGUUACACUUUGUUUCUGGGAGUUACAUUUCCAUUGUUUUUAUUUUACUUGAGGGCUUUUUCACAGCACCUUUAUUGUUUUUUUUAACUAUGCUAUAGAAAAUCACAUAAAAAAAGCAAAAUAAUAAUAAGCACUAGCCAUACAAAAUGACUUUAAUAAUACUCUAAUAGAUCUGAGUUCCAGCAUUCUCUGUUUCUAGGCUACCAAUAUCCUUAGCCACAAAGUUUAGUUAUACAAAGGUGAUUUCCCCCCAAAUCAAACAGUAGUUCUAAAGCCACUAAAUAUGGCUGCAUAUAAUUAAUACAGCAGAGGAGAAUUUGGCAAUUGGCCUGUCAAAUGUUUGGCUCAGCCUUACCUAUGGCUCUGCAGGGACUACCUUACAGCCUCCUUUUAUUUUAUUAAGAUGUCAGUCAGUCCUAUUUACAUAUGCCUUAAGUGAGAACUACUUGUGUUGUGUGCUAGGAUAAUAGAGUGUAAAUGUCAGUAGCUAAUGCUUUAUACAUAUUUAUAGAGAAAUAUUGGACACUUAAUGUGAAACCUAUUGAAUGUGCAAAAUCCGUUGCCCUCAUGUGCUCUUGGGGAAGAUGUACAAAGCCUUUCCUCGUGACACCAGUGUUUCUUUUGUUUUGUCACAACACUUACUCAUCACUUAGACAUGUUAAUAUCCCCCAUUCUCUGGCAACUGUUUUUGUGUGUCAUACUGUAGUUAAACAUAACUGUUGCAGAGACAUUGCAUUGUUUUUGUGUUUUUGAGAACUUUGUAAAUAUGUUAUUUUGUCAGUCCAAGUUGUUUUUUUUUUGUUGUUGCUAUUUAUAUGGUGUGAGAUGCAGAGUUAGCUUUACUUUGGCUCUUUUGGAUAGGCAUAUUGAAUUGAAUUUCACAACAGAAUGUAAGAUGUACUGCAAUGUCAAAAUAUAAGUCAUCAGUGACCGAAUGUAACUGCUGGAUUGAAGACACUAGACUGAUGAGUCCUGAUGAGAGAGAUAUUGCUAUUUCUGCCACCUUUUGUUUGUUUGUAUGUAUGAAGCCCUUAAAGAAUAAUUUGUGUUUAGGUACUGCGGUUUAAGAUUUACAUUACUUCAAAUCCAUCAGGUCAGCAGUGAAACCAAAGAGGGUGAAGAGAAGAAGGCCAUACAAGUAUUGUAAAUACAGUUUUGUUUUUGUACUUUUGUUGAGAAUAAAGUGUACAUUUUGAAGAAAAUGACACCAACUCA